UUCAAGUGGUUUAAUAGACGCAGUUUGGAGAAAGAAACGAGUACUCCUGUCGUUUGUGCUCAGAGUCUUCCCUUAUUUUCCAGAUUGGUCUCACAUCUUUUGUUAUCGUGGUCACCGAGCCUGGGACCUGUAACACAAUCAGGCUGACUCCAGUGAUGACAUCAUACCAUUCCCUUGAAUCCGCCCCUGGGUCCACCCUAAGGGACAAAGAAGGUAUAAAAACCUGCCAUAUGCUGCCUGUCAUCACACUAGUUUGAACUGACAGUGCUCACUGACACGCACAGGACGCUUACAUAAUUUGCAGUGACAGGUGUCACUUUGCAUUUAUUGCCUCUGGGUUGGACAACUUUUGGAAAACAUCUCUCACACAGAUUCUUCUCUCUGUGACUAUUGACUUUUAAUUAAGCAGGCAAUAGUCACAUAUUGAUCACAGUUCCUGUCAGUGUGAUCUGUGUGGAGCAUUAGUAGCAGUUAGUAAGCCUCCUGCUGUGUUGGAUCUUCCUCUCAUCAUCAACAUCAUCACCAUGAUAAUAAGCAUUGCUCUAAUCUGGGCAGUCGUGGUGGGACUUUGCUGCCUUCUAUGGCUUGCUGUGGGGAUACGACGCAGGUAAUGCAUUUUUUUAAAAACUUAAUGCUCUUGUAUUUUACUUCCAUAGUGUGUCUAGAACAUCAAACAUUAAUAGUAAUUUCCAGAUCUACACUGAUUUUUAGUGCACACAGACAAAAACAAACAUAGUGUGUUUUUUACAGGCAAGCAACAACACUGCAUGAUUCAUGUGGCCAAUAAUGUAACCACACCACUUUACCUAAGUAUGCAUUCAGUAUGUGCUAACCAAACAAAAGCUUUUGUAAAGGUGACUGAAUUUCUUUGGAAUGCUGUUGAUUCGCAAACAUUGUCCCAAGUGUGCUGUCACUACUUAGCUGCUGUUGUCAAGCCUUACCUUAUGUAUUCACCAUGUAGUUGACUAUGCCAAGGGGUUAAUUCAAUUCAAUUCAAUCCAAUUUUUUUUAUAUCGCGCUAAAUCACAGCCAAAGUUAUCUCAGGACACUUUACAUAUAGAGCAGGUACAGACUUAACUCUUUAUCUACAGAGACACAACAAUUCCCUCAUGAGCAAGCACUUGGUGACAGUGGCGAGGAAAAACUUCCUUUUAGGAGGCAGAAACCUCGAGCAGACAAAAAGUGCCCAAACAAAUAGAAACAAACCUACAAACACUAGGGUGCUCCAAUCCUAUCUUUUUAAUUAAUUAAUUAAUUAAUUUACCAUGCUGUAGGUUUUCAGAUGACCUGAAUAGAAUAAUAAAACAAAACACUGACCGUCAUGAAGCUUUCAUGAAAACUGAGGUUUGAGAUACAUGUUUUCCAUGGAUAGAGACAAGCAAACAUUUCAUGAGCAGGUCAUAGGUUGGAUCUCUUAGCUGAAUAACAAUCAGCAAUAGUAAGUAACAAAAUGAGCAUUAAGUCCUCAUCAGUGGUCAUUUGUUUUGUUUUUUUUGUCGAUGCCCAUAGGCAACCUGGUGAGCCUGCAAUUGAGAAUGGCUUCAUCCCCUAUUUGGGUUGUGCUCUGCAGUUCGGGGCCAACCCUCUCCAGUACCUCCGAAGCCGCCAGAAGAAAUAUGGCCACAUUUUCACGUGCAAGAUUGCAGGCCAGUACAUCCAUUUCCUGUGUGACCCCUUCUCUUACCAUUCAGUCAUCAGACAGGGGAGACACCUGGACUGGAGGAAGUUCCACUUUGCUACGUCAGUCAAGGCAUUUGGCCAUGACAGCUUUGACCCUCGCCAUGGCCACACCACAGAGAACCUCCAUCAAACCUUUCUGAAAACACUGCAGGGUGAGGCUCUGUCCUCCCUGAUAGAGACCAUGAUGGGCCACCUCCAGGAUGUUAUGCUGAGGUCAGACACACUCAGCCCCAGCAAGGACCACUGGGAGGUGGAUGGCAUCUUUGCUUUCUGCUACAAGGUGAUGUUUGCAUCUGGCUACCUCACUCUGUUUGGUAAAGAGCUUGGUGAAGAUAAGUGCCAGGCUCGGCAGGCAGCUCAGAAAGCCUUGGUGCUCAAUGCUUUGGAGAACUUCAAAGAGUUUGACAAGAUCUUCCCAGCAUUGGUGGCUGGCCUGCCCAUCCAUGUCUUCAAGAGUGCCUACAGUGCCAGAGAGAACCUAGCAAAGACCAUGCAUGCUGAAAAGUUGUCCAAGAGGGAGAACGUUUCUGAUCUGAUCUCUAUGAGGAUUAUCCUGAAUGAUUCCUUAUCUACCUUUGAUGACAUCAGCAAGGCCAGGACCCAUGUCGCCCUGCUUUGGGCUUCACAGGCCAACACCCUACCUGCUACCUUUUGGAGUCUCUUUUAUAUGAUCAGGAGUCCAGAUGCUAUGAAAGCAGCUCGUGAGGAAGUGCAGAAAGUUCUGGAGGAAGCAGGUCUGACAGUUGACCCCAGCAACCCCACACUGAGCCUCAGCAGGGAGCAGCUGGACAACAUGCCCAUUCUAGACAGCAUCAUGAAAGAAGCCAUGCGUCUUUCCAGUGCCUCCAUGAACGUGCGUAUUGCCAAGGAGGACUUCCUGCUUCACCUCGACAACCAAGAAGCUUACCGCAUAAGAAAAGAUGAUGUCAUUGCCCUAUAUCCGCCCAUGUUGCACUACGAUCCAGAAAUCUAUGAGGAUCCCAAUGAGUACAAGUUUGACCGCUUCCUGGACGAGAAGGGCCAGGAGAAAACUGCUUUCUACCGCAGCGGCCGGCGGCUACGUUACUUCUACAUGCCCUUUGGUUCUGGGGUCACUAAAUGCCCAGGCAGAUUUUUUGCUGUGUACGAGAUCAAGCAGUUUCUGACCCUGGUGCUGUCCUACUUUGACAUGGAACUAUUGGAGCCCGCUAUCAAAGUCCCACCUCUUGACCAGUCCCGUGCUGGUCUGGGAAUCCUCCAGCCUACCUAUGAUGUGGACUUCAGGUACAAACUCAAAUCGUACCACUAGGCUCUGUCUGUCAAGCAGAGGGAUUGAAUUACAUAUUGUACAUAGUGUAUAUUGAACAGUGUUAAUGAAGAUACUUUGCUGUAUAUAUAUAAAUAGACUGAAUUAUAUUUUUUGUAGCUUUAAUUUGCUGAUGAAGAACAUGUCUCCUGCACAUGCAGGUGGAGCCCUUACAAACCUGAACAGAACCUUCAGGUAGCUCGUAAUGUUUAACCAAACACUUCCUGUCAACCAGGGAUAGCAGACAUCCACCAUCUCAGAGUAAAAGUGCUAGGCAGCAUCUUCAGUUCCUGUGAAAAUAACAAACGUAAACCAUAUAAAUUCACAUUACUGAGCAUGUUUUUGCAUGUUUGCACCAUUUGCGAAAAAUCUUGUAAAGUUACAUUACUGCCUACUGCUUUUGAUCACAUUUUUUUGUACUUAUUUUUAUUUUAAAUUCUGUGAUUUGUUACCCAUUGAUGUCUAGAUUUUUACAAUAAAUUAAAUGCUGCUUCAAAGCCUCCUCUA